AUGUCAAAUCAUAAUAAACCAGAUGAAGGGCGACUCCAGAAACUGUUUAGACAUAGAAGAUUAUUCGAACAAAUUGAUUCGAAACAUAAAGGUAAAGUCACUUUGCAGGACUUCGAGAAAGCAAUGGAAAGAACAGAUCAUCCACUGAAGGAUUCUACUUAUGCAAUGUCCCAGAUAUACAAAGCAUUUUUGAACACGCCAGAUUCCAGUGCAGAUUCACAAGCUGUUCCGGCAAGAACCGGUGUUGAUUACAUAGAUUUUGCUCAGUUCAAUAAUUAUUUGAUGACAGCCGAAGACCAAAUAGAGAAGGGCUUUCGGAUGGUUGACACAAACAACGACGGCAAGAUUAGUAAGAAGGAUUUUGAAAAUUAUUUGAGAAAGAUUGGGGAUGCCCCAACGCCGAAGGAGGUUGACGUGUUCUUUAAUAGUAUAGACACGGAAGGACGUGGGUUUAUUGAAUUUGAUACCUUUAGGGAUGGUCUUCUUUUAAUGCCACGGAUGGACGGAUCGCGUAUCCGCACAGCUUUUCAUUUUUUUACCGAUGAUUUAGAUAAUAUAUCCUCCGAUGGUGAUUUUACUGUUGGAAAUGACAUAAUGAAGAAUGUGGGUUAUUUUUUUGCCGGAGGACUUUCAGGUGUUGUUUCUAGAACUGCAACAGCACCUUUAGAUCGUGUCAAGGUCUUUUUAAUUGCAAGAACAGACUUGAAUUCUACAUUAUUAACGACGAAGAGCAAAAUUCAGAAAUUGGCAGAGAAAAAGGAGCAUCACAAAGUGCCACCAAAGAAAAUACAAUCACCCUUGGUUCGUGCAGCGAGAACGAUUUAUAGACAGGGUGGAAUUAAAGCGUUUUACACUGGUAAUGGAUUAAAUGUAUUCAAGGUUUUUCCCGAGAGUGCGAUGAAAUUUGGAACAUUCGAAGCUGCCAAGCGGUUGAUGUGCCAAGUAGAGGGUGUUGAUGAUGAGAAAAAGCUUUCCAGAGCAGCGACGUACAUCAGCGGAGGUUUAGGUGGAGUGUGUGCUCAAAUAACAGUUUAUCCAAUCGAUACUUUAAAAUAUAGAAUUCAGUGUGCCUCACUUGACUCUACGGUGACAGGAACCCGACUUCUGUUGCAGACUGCCAAAGAUAUGUAUAAUGAAGGUGGUGUCCGUUUAUUUUACAGAGGUCUUUUAGUCGGAUUAGGCGGAAUGUUUCCUUAUGCGGCCUUAGAUUUAGGCACGUUUACCUCACUAAAGAGGUGGUAUAUAAAAAGAUAUGCUGCUCGUGAGGGUGUUUCAGUGGAUGACGUCGAUGUCCCAAACUACCUGGUACUUACAAUGGGUGCCACGAGUGGUACAUUUGGGGCGACAAUGGUUUAUCCAGUGAAUCUUCUUCGUACGAGGUUGCAGGCCCAAGGAACGUACGCCCAUCCAUAUCAUUAUAAGGGCUUCUUCGAUGUUGCACGUCAAACUUUCCAAAGAGAAGGAUUCCAAGGUCUUUAUAAAGGAUUGCUACCAAACUUAGCUAAAGUUGCCCCUGCAGUUUCAAUCAGUUAUUUGAUGUAUGAAAAUCUCAAGAAACUCUUUGGGCUCCAAUAA